AUGACCCCUGUAACGGCUCCAGCUGAUACCCGACUCUUUAGAUGCACAGCGUAUCUGAAAGGCAACCUCAAAGCACUGGGGACUGUGCAGAUUACGAUCGGAAUCAUAACUUUACUGUUCGGUAUUUUUUUAACCUUGUUCACUUUCCGGCUCAGAGUCACCAGCGGUAUCGCUCUGUGGGGAUCACUUGUCUUCAUAAGCUCUGGUGCUCUGUCAGUCGCUACAGCGAACCACCAAAAUCCCUGCAUGGUGAAAGCCUUGUUGGGAAUGAAUGUGCACAGUCAUGCAGUCUGA